GAAUGGGGACUCUCUGGAGCCAGGAGAGACCUCCGGAAGAGGGGCAGCCCCCCUGGCAGAGCAGAUGGUGGGCCAGGGCCAGGCGGCUGCUAAUGGCUGCCCUGCUUUUAGGCCUGCUCCUUGGUUCCUUUGUGCUUUUGACCUACAUCUUCCAGAGCUGUGGACCUCGCUCCUGCGAGAGGCCCGCGUGUGGGCACCUCCUGAGUCAUUACCUGGCCUCUAAGAACACCAGUGUGGCCCCCUGCACUGACUUCUUCAGCUUUGCCUGUGGAAAUGCCAAAGGCACCAGCGACCCUUUUCAGGCCCUUGCUGAGGAGAGCAGGAGCCGACUUCGGAGGAUACUGGAGGCCCCAGGGUCCUGGCACCUGGGAUCCGGGGAAGAGAAAGCCUUCCAGUUCUACAACUCCUGCAUGGACACAGGUGCCAUCGAGGCUGCAGGGGCUGGUCCCCUCAGACAGGUGAUUGAGGAGCUUGGAGGCUGGCUACUCUCCAGUAAUUGGACUUCCUUAGACUUUAACCGAACUCUGAGCCUUCUGAUGAGUCAGUAUGGUCACUUCCCAUUCUUCAGAGCUUAUCUGGGACCUCAUCCCACCCCUCCACACACGCCAGUCAUCCAGAUAGACCAGCCCGAGUUUGACAUUCCCUUCAAGGAAGAGCAGGAACAGAAGAUCUAUGCCCAGAUCAUGCGGGAAUACCUGACUUACCUGAAUCAGCUGGGAACCUUGCUGGGAGGAGACCCAGGCAAGGUGCAAGAACAUGCCUACUUCUCCAUCUCCAUUACCUCGCAGCUGUUGCAGCUUCUGAGGCCCCUGGGGCAGCAGCGGGCACAGGGAAAGCUCAUCCAGAUUGUCACUAUAGACCGACUGCAGGAAAUGGCCCCUGCCAUUGACUGGUUAUCCUGCCUGCAAGCAACAUUCGCACCAAUGUCCCUGAGCCCCUCCCAGACUGUCGUGGUCCAUGACCUGGAUUAUUUGACGAACAUGUCGCAACUGGUGGAAAAACAGCCGUUGAGCUACAGGGACUUUUUGCCCAGCCACAUGAUCUUCGGGCUGAUAGACACCCUUUCUCCAGCCCUGGACAGUAAAUUCCAGGAGGCACGCAGAUUGCUGAGCCAGAAACUGCGGGAGCUGACUGAACGGCCACCCGUGCCUGCCCGCCCUCGAUGGAUGAAGUGCGUGGAGGAUACUGGAGACUUCUUCGAGCCCACCCUGGCACCCUUGUUUGUUCGUGAGGCCUUCAGCCCGAGCACCCAAAGUGCUGCCAUGGACUUAUUCGGUGCCAUCAAGGACGCCCUCAUUGCCCGCCUCAGGAGGCUUCCCUGGAUGGAUGAAGAGACCUGGAGGAAGGCCCAGGACCGGGUCACCCAGCUGCAGGUGGAGAUGGGGGCUCCAGAAUGGGCCAUGGAGCCAGCGCUGGCCAGACAGGAAUACGGCGAUGUGCAGCUCGGACCCAGCUUCCUGCAGUCCUUCCUGAGCGCUGUUCGAUCCCGCCAAGCUAGAAUCAUCCAGAGCUCCUUGCAGCCUUCCCCCCACCACAGGUGGCAGGUGGCCCCCUGGGGGGACAAUGCUUACUAUUCAACACCUGACCACGUGGUGGUCUUCCCAGCCGGACUCCUCCAGCCACCGUUCUUCCACCCUGACUACCCCAGGGCCGUGAACUUUGGAGCUGCUGGCAGCAUCAUGGCCCGUGAGCUGUUACGCGUCUUCAACCAGCUCUUACUCCCUGGGGGCUGCCCCGCCUGUGACACCCGUGCCCUAGAGGGGGCACUGCUGUGCCUGCAGCGUCACUACGCUGCCUUUCCGUUACAUGGCGUAACUUCCUUCAAUGGCUCCCACACGGUCCUGGAGAAUGCGGCAGAUGUAGGGGGGCUGGCGAUUGCGCUGCAGGCAUACAACAAGCUGCUGUUAUCACACCAUGGGGAGACCACCCUGCCCAAACUGGGCCUCACCCCCCAGCAACUCUUCUUCCAAAGCUAUGCCCAGGUGAUGUGUAAGGAGCACAGCACACAGGAUUUUCAGGACACUCACAGCUCUCCCGCCCUCCGAGUCCACGGGCCCCUCAGCAGCACCCCAGCCUUUGCCAGACAUUUCCACUGUCCACGUGGUGCCCUCCUGAACCCCUCCCAACGCUGCCAACUCUGGUAACCUGGCUACCAAAGCGACCUCAACACACGUGUAUUGAUACCUCCCUGCCCCGUCCACGGAAUCAGGGCGAUGUUUCCUCUCCCCCCCUUUUCCAAAAAUAAAAUCU